CAAGAGACUUUGCCAAGUUGCUAGAUCGAUAAAAAGAUUUACCCCCCCCCGGGGGGGUGUAUAUAGUUGCUUGUUGUCGUAUAAUUCGUGUAAAAAAAAAAACAUAGACACAAUCGAAGAAUCAGAUCUAUAAUAAGAACAUCGGCGGUGACUAGUGAUCGCACUCUUUCCCUGGCAUUCCAAAUAUCUUCCACAUGUAUCACAUAUGGGCUAUAUAUCUAUAUAUACAAGCGUUCAAAUUUUGUGAGAUCACAACCCCAAAUACUUGAUAGGUGAAGAUCAGAACACAAGCAUGGACCGGCACAAGGGGAAGCAGGAGAAGGCAAAGGAUGAGACUCGGUACCGGGGCGUCCGGAGGCGGCCGUGGGGGAAGUACGCGGCGGAGAUAAGGGACCCAUCGAAACAAGGGGCGAGGCUGUGGCUGGGGACGUUUGAUACGGCGGAAGAAGCAGCCAGAGCCUACGAUAGGGCUGCCUUCGACAUGAGAGGUCAUCUUGCAAUCCUUAAUUUCCCUAACGAGUAUUAUUCUCUGCUGAGGCCCCCACCAUACUCUCCCUUUAUGCCUCCUCCUCUUCCUCCUCCGUCUUCUCACGCUCAUGGAAGUGCCAGCUCAUCGUCAUCUGGUUCCCUGAGGAAACAAGUUUUCGAGUUUGAGUAUUUGGAUAAUCAGGUGCUGGAAGACCUGCUGGAGCCAGAAGAGGAGAAAAAGAAAAGGAUGCGAGAUUGAUUCUGUUCAUCAGCCCUCUAUUACCCUUUCCUUUUCAAUUCUCUCUCCCGUCCUUUUCUGGCAGUAACGAUUAGUACUAUAAUAAUUGGACCAGAUAUAUAGUCUUGUCAUGCUGUUUUGUAUCUGUUUGAACCGUCAGAAUUUACUAAUGUUUACAGCUUCGCAAUACAUGUUUUUUAAGUUCAUCUUCAAUUGUCCAUCAGAAAUCUACUUUCAU